GAUAAAAAUGUAUUCUUUUAUCGAGACGAGCGUCAAGACUGGUGGGAACAUUGUGCCUUGACUUCAUACUGAAUCGACUAGCAAUCGACUGGCCUGUGGCCGACUCGAAGAUUGAAAAUAGUAUGCAUGAUAAUUUCGGUUUCCUGCCACGUCUCAUCUCGAAGAUUGACUACACAGGCCAGCUUGAAUUUCCUACAGAGGCCACCCCCUGAUACUGGCAAGUUGCUAUCGCUUUUCAACUGAUCUGAUUCUUGCAAUGGGGUCAGUGCAGUCGAACGAGCGUCGUCCUUAUCCUCAAGUCACCAUCUCGUCCUUUACUGAGACUGGAAAGGUGGAAUCAUCGAUUCCAGUCCCAAAGCAACGAUGUUAUACGGGUAGAAAACCCGUCAUAAGCUCUUCUCUCGCAAACACUCCCUGUACCAGCCUAGGCGUCGGUGGGCUUUUAGAUCAGCUCAACGCCAUCCUCGUAACAUCAUACACGCUGAAAAACUCAUUCUUAUCCUCCAUUCUCGAAACCUGCAUCUCUAGCAACUACGACUUCGGUACCGCGUUCGGCCGUCUCCGCCCUAUCUGGUACAACGCCAACUGGAGCACCAUCCAAAAUGAACUGCGCGCACAUGAAGAGAAGGACCAGAAGAUGCGACAAGAAGCGCUCGUCGGUAACCGGAUCGUGAAUCCGAAUAUGCCCCCUCGACGUGUAUGGGACCUUUACAGCAAUCGCGUUAUCCCACAGUGGAUCGUUUCUGAGAAGAAACCUUGGGCGAUAUCGUAUGCUUGGAUGGACCCUCAACGUCGUGUUCAAGUCGAUACACCCAUAAAUGCACACGAAUGGCCACUCCCCAUCCAUAAAGAUGGCAGCUUGGAACUCGUCCGAAUUGAGAUGCUGAGCCUAGGCGCAGAAUAUGUCUGGUUAGACGUGCUCUGUUUGAGACGAGAGGGAAAAGAGGAGAACGAGCACCUGCGGAAGGAGGAAUGGAAGACUGACGUCCCCACUAGCGGGUAUGUGUACCACCAAGCCGAUAUGGUGGUGUACUACUUCUGUGGACUAGGAGAGGUCUUUAGCUUGACGAUGGAUGACUUGGAUAGUCCUCGGUUUUGGCUGAACCGUGCCUGGACUUUGCAAGAAAUCAGCAGGAAGUGGAUCAUCGGCGGAGUCACAAGCGAUGGAACUGUAGAGACCGUGCAGACAGUCGCGCAGAGAGACCACGAGGCUGUACUGUCCAGGAUCCAAGAGCAAUUACAGUCCCUAGUAGACACUGUACACCGUGUCGAGAAUGUGUUCGACUUGCUCAUACAUCUCCGCAAGCGCAAGUCGGAGCAUGCGGUGGAUCAUGUUGCGGCCUUGAUAUUCCCAUUGCGGUCCAAGGCGAUACCAACGUAUGACAAAACCCAGUCUGUCGAGGAUCUUUGGUUGGCUGUGGUGAAUACGAUGCGGACGAAACACCGGGGGGAUAUGUUCUUCCUAUAUCCUGGACCUGGGAGCGAACAAGCUUGGAGACCGUCGUGGAACCAGGUCAUCAGUGAGAGGCGUCUUCCGACAGGCAAGGUCAAUCUGAAUGCAGAUGUGGAGCGCGACGAAGAGAAAAAUUCUGAUUGGUACAAUGGGAUGUGCAUUGAAGAGGGCCGCAUACAGGGACUGAGGGCAGAAGAUCCGAGAGGGACAUCACGACAUGGGAAGUUAGUUGUCAAAGAUGAGACCGGGAUGCUACAUUCAUUCGACAUCGUCGCCAAUCAUCUAUACCCGAUACCUGACGAUUCGUACACAUUGAUAGCCAGUGGCCAAUGGAAAAGUGGAACGUUCGUGACUCGUACGUCAUCGACAGAAAUUCAUUGGGUCGCUGGACGAAGGUUGCCAGAGCAGAAGUUCGAGAAGGUCUCCGUGUUCACAAUGAGCGAUGCGAGGGAGAUACAAAGGUUGAAGAAAUUGGGAAUCACUAAACGGUCAAUUCGGAACUAUCUUGUUUGAUGUAAAGUAUUUAUGGUUGCAGCUUUUCCGAUACAGCAUGUAAAUUAAUGAUGAAGAAAAAAGGUCAGAUAGCAGAGAAAAGAAGAACACUUACAGCUUUAUCCGGCAUGUAAAUCGCAUUUCCUUGUCAUCCUGAUAGUGAUCAAUAACUGACUUAAGGAAAGGUGGUGCCAAAGGAUGAGCGAUCGACUGGUUUCCGCGACUCCGAAUCUUGGCCACUACGAAUACAAGCAAUAUAUUUGACCACAAAGG